AUGGCUACCGUCAACAUUCGUCGUGAUGUCACCGAUCCUUUCUAUCGUUACAAGAUGGAGCGCCUCCAGUCCAAGAUUGAAGGCAAGGGUAACGGUAUCAAGACUGUGGUCGUCAACCUGAACUCGGUCGCUCAGUCUUUGAGCCGUCCUCCGUCCUAUGUGAUCAAGUACUUCGGAUUUGAACUCGGUGCUCAGGCUAACGCCAAGCCCACCGAUGAUCGCUGGAUUAUCAACGGCGCCCAUGAUGCUGCCAAGCUCCAGGAUUACCUCGAUGGCUUCAUCUCCAAGUUUGUGCUUUGCAAGAAAUGUAAGAAUCCUGAAACGGAUGUCAUCAUCAAGGACGAUAAGAUCAUCCUUGACUGCAAGGCCUGUGGUCAGCGCACCGAUGUUGAUCCCCGUUUGAAGCUGAGCACCUUCAUUCUCCGCGACCGUGCUUCUACCAAGGGAGGGAAGAAGGACAAGGCCGCCAGAAGGGCUCGCAGGAACAAGAAGGCCGAGGAGGGUGCCAACGGUGACAAUGUCAGCCCUGGAGACAGCAACUCCGACAACGGUGAAGUCGAGGAUCUUGCCUUGGAAGCCAACAGCGAUGAUGAACUCACUCGCCGUAUUAAGGCCGAGGCUCAGGCCCUCGCGGCCGAGAAAGACAUAGAAGACGACGAAUGGGCUGUGGACGUUUCUGAGGAGGCCGUCAAGGCUCGUGCCAAGGAGCUGCCUGACGACUUGAAGCGUUCCCUCGUCCUUGAGGAUGCCGAUGAAGACGGAGAGCCUGAUGGACCGUCUGCUUACGAUCUGCUUGGCAGCUGGAUUCUUGAGAGCGCAUCUGAAAAGGGCGAUGUCACUGCCGUGAGCGAUGUCGAUAUCUACAAGAAGGCCAAGGAGUUCGGCAUUGAGAACAAGCACAAGACUGUUGCCGUCCUUGCCCAAACCAUCUUCGACGAGAAGAUUGUCAAGCAGAUUCCCUCCCGCGCUGCUUUCCUGAAGAAGAUGAUCACUUCUGAGCGCCACGAGAAGGCCUUCCUCGGCGGUACCGAGCGUUUUCUUGGCAAGGAUCACCCUGAGCUGAUCUCUCUGGUUCCCGCCGUCCUCCUGGGUUAUUACCAGCACGACCUUGUCUCCGAGGACGUGCUGAAGGCAUGGGGUGCCAAGGCCAGCAAGAAGUACGUCGACCUGUCGACCAGCAAGAAGGUUCGCAAGGCUGCUGAGCCCUUCCUUGACUGGCUUGAGAAUGCUGAGAGCGAUGACGAGGAAAGCGAGGAUGACGAGUAG